ACACACGGAAGGAUUUCAUUCAUUAUUUUUUUGUAAAGUCACUGCACGGUGAAAAUCAUCUGAAACGAAAGUGGAAUACCACUAGCUGUGAACUCCUACCAGCAGAUGACAGGAAACUAAGGGGAUCAACAUGGCAGGAACCGGUGAAAUCGAUGAGGGCUUUUACUCCAGACAACUUUAUGUUCUGGGUCAUGAGGCGAUGCACCGGAUGGGAUCAGCUGAGGUCCUGAUCGCAGGGAUGAAGGGUCUGGGAGUGGAAAUAGCCAAGAACGUCAUUCUAUCCGGAGUAAAGUCUGUCACUGUGCAGGAUGAGGGGCAGGUUGAGUGGUCUAACCUGUCCUCACAGUUUUUCCUGCAAGAGGGAGAUCUUGGUCAGAACCGAGCCACAUCUUCACUCCCACAGUUGUCUGCGUUAAACCGUCAUGUGCUUGUGUCAUCACACACUGGACCACUAAAUGAGGACUUCCUUCUAAAAUUCCAGGUGGUGGUCCUGACUGACUCCUCCCUGGAUGAUCAGAAACGUUUUGGGGAGUUCUGCCAUAAACAUGGCAUUAAGUUUAUAGUUGCAGAUACAAAAGGGCUCUGCGGCCAGUUGUUCUGUGACUUUGGAGAGGAGUUUGAGGUUUUGGAUCGGGAUGGAGAGAUGCCUGCAUCACUCAUGGUUGAGCGAAUCACCAAGGACAAUCCCGGAGUUGUUAUCUGUGCAGAUGACCAGAAACAUGGACUUUUUGACGGUUCUAAAGUAAAGUUCUCUGAGGUCCAAGGCAUGACAGAGCUAAACAUAAGGGGCCCUGUGGAGAUCAAAGUCUGCGGCCCGUAUUCCUUUAGCAUCUGUGACACUUCUGGCUUUUCCGAGUAUGAACGAGGUGGCAUGGUGACUGAAGUGAAAGAGCCCCUCAUACUGAAUUUUAAACCACUGGGUGAGGCUCUAAAUGACCAUCAACUGCUAAUUUUGAACGACUACGGAAAAAUAUGCAGACAUAACACUUUGCACCUGGCGUUCCAAGCCCUACACAGGUUUGUGAAGGAACAGCAGCGGCUUCCUAAUCCUUGGUCACAGGCAGAUGCAGAUUCUCUGAUUAACAUCGUGAACGAAUUGAAUGAGGAUGCAAAGCUGGAAGAACUAGAUGAAGCUGCAGUGAGGCGCUUCUCCUACACCGCCCAAGGUGAUCUGGCUCCUAUGAACGCUUUCUUUGGAGGUCUGGCUGCUCAGGAAGUUAUUAAGGCAUGCAGUGGGAAGUUUACACCUCUACAACAAUGGCUUUAUUUUGACGCCCUGGAAUGUCUCCCUGAAGACGGAGGUUGUCUGGAAGAGAGCUCAUUCUCAUCAAAAGGCACAAGGUACGACGCUCAGAUUGUCGUCUUCGGCUCAGAGUUCCAACAAAAGCUCCUGAGGCAGAAGUAUUUCCUGGUUGGUGCUGGUGCCAUCGGCUGUGAGCUGCUAAAGAACUUUGCUCUCAUGGGGCUUGGUGCAGGAGAAGAAGGCCACAUCACUGUAACAGACAUGGACUACAUUGAAAAAUCCAACCUGAAUCGGCAGUUUCUGUUCAGAUCUAAGGAUAUUGGGAAACCCAAAUCUGAGGUUGCAGCCAAAGCAGUGGCAGAGAUGAACCCACAGAUUAACAUCACAGCUCACCAGAACCGCCUGGACCCUGACAGUGAGGGAGUGUACGACUACAGCUUCUUCAUGGGCCUGGAUGGAGUGGCUGCUGCACUUGAUAAUGUGGAAGCUAGGGUUUAUCUCGAUAAACGCUGUGUUCAGCACCAGAAGCCGAUGCUUGAAGGGGGAACUUUAGGAAGCAAAGGUCAUACUCUGGUGGUGGUACCUCAUCUGACUGAGUCAUAUGGACCGGCCAAAUCGAGCUCUGGUAAUGCUAUCCCACUCUGUACUCUGAAGAACUUCCCACACCGGAUUGAACACACACUGCAGUGGGCCAGGGACCAGUUUGAAGGACUUUUUAAACAAACACCGGAAAAUGUGAAUCUAUUCUUGAGGGAUUCAAACUUCAUAGAGCGAACUCUCGGCCAUGGGGAUGCUGAGGCCCUAGAGAUUCUUGAAGGCGUAUGGAGCAGCCUUCGGGAGAGGGAAGCUGGAGGACAGCGUCCUAAGAGCUGGGAGGACUGUGUGAACUGGGCACGACGCAAAUGGGAGACGCUGUACAACAACGAUAUCUGUCAGCUUCUGCACUGUUUUCCUCCUGGAGAGUUGACCGCCAAUGGUUUGCCCUUUUGGUCUGGAUCUAAGAGAUGCCCCCAUCCCCUGACAUUUGACCCUAACAAUACAACCCACAUCGAGUAUGUGAUGGCAGCAGCAAACCUGUAUGCACAGAUCUAUGGGAUCGAAGGGACGAGAAACAUUGCCUCUAUCAGAGAAACCUUAGAGACAGUCCAGGUUCCACCCUUUAGUCCCAAGUCCUCUGUAAAAAUUCAUCUCACUGACAAGGAGAUGGAGGAAGACAGAAAAAAAGAGGGAGAUGACAGUGACAAAGCCCGACUUGAGGAGCUGAAAGAAAAGUUGUCCUCACUGAAGAGUUCAGCUGAGAUGCACCCCAUUGACUUUGAGAAGGAUGAUGACACUAACUUCCAUAUGGACUACAUCGUUGCUGCAUCCAAUCUGAGAGCUGAAAACUACGACAUCCCUGCGGCUGAUCGCCACCAGAGUAAACGCAUUGCUGGAAGGAUUAUUCCUGCCAUUGCCACAACAACGGCAGCCGUGGCAGGCCUAAUGUGCCUGGAGCUGUUCAAACUGAUUCAGGAUCAGAAGAAGAUCACCUCCUACCGCACGGCUUACCUCAACCUGGCUGUACAGUACUUUGUCAUGUCCCAGCCAUGCCACCCACCGAGCUUCGAAGUCGCAGGAAAGAAGUACACCCUGUGGGAUGAUUUCCUUGUUGAAGGGAGACGUUGCAAUCAGCAGGAAAUGACCUUGGCAGAUCUCAUCCAGCAUGUGAAGGAAACCAAUGACUUGACCAUCUCUGGGCUUUUUUAUGGAACUGCUAUGCUAUACAUGGGACAAGAGGACAGGCUGAAAAUGAGAGUGUCAGAUUUAGUGAAACAAGUAACUAAGGCAGAAAUCCCUCCUCACAAGAAGAUGUUAGAAUUGAUCCCUUCGUUCAUUGAAGAUGAAGACUGUGAAACGGUACCUAGCAUCAGGUACAUGCUCCUGUGAUGAAUUCCAUAAAAAUAUAUUGAUUCUUCUGGUUUUACUCUCCUGAGUGGGGAUAUUAUUGAAUAACUAGUGACUAAUUAUAAUGAUUUAAAGCUACUCUUUUUGCCAAAAUUGCUGUAUGAAUGAUUUUACAGGUGUUUCUGUUUUUAUCUUUUCUUUACAAUGUGAACUUUAUUAAUGACUAUUUCCUUAAAAUCAGACCAAUUGUACAAAUAUUUAUGUACAAUUUUUACUCUUAUGUGAUAAAACAACUUUUUUUGCUUUUGUUCUUGUGACCUUCUGUUUCUUUGUUGAUUGAGACAAAAAUAUCUAUAAUGAUCUAAAUUAAAAUAGUUUUGGGGGAAAAUGUGGUUAUGUUAUUCUAAUGAAUGUUACUUGGGGGUCUCUCAUAUCUCUUUUUCUUUGAUCAGGGUUAAUCAUCUGAUGUAGUUGAUCCAAGUUAGCUGCCUUAAAUAGAGAUCAAAAUAGUGUUUAAUAUGAAAUCUUGAGAAAGAUACUUGACUUACUUAAA